CUUUCAAAAUGGCGCAGCAAACUUCAGGGAAAUCUAAUGUCAAGUCUAGAAAAAUCGUUUACGCCAACAAUAGCAUGAAGAAGACACCGAAGAAACAUUUCUGGAGGAACAAUUUCGUCGAGUUUUGUAAGAGGACGGAUUUGCACGGAUACAAAUAUAUCGUGAUGGAAGAAUUCAACUACGUAGAAAGAUGCUGUUGGGCAUUAGCGGUGGUGACUAGUAUUUUCGCUGCCAUCUACUUUGUGGUCACCGCGUACAAAUGGUACGCCAGGAAUCCUAUAGUCACUAUUAUAGAAAGUACACAAGGAGCAAUCUGGGACGUACCAUUCCCAGCUAUAACGAUAUGCGAUUUGAACAUAGUCUCCAAAAAGGCUGCGAGGACUUUAGCAAACAACUUGACUCUUCCUGACAACGUGACCGCGGACUUCGUUUUCGAAGCGUUCCGUUUGGUGCCAUUGUUGUUCUCAACAUUCACAGCUACUGAUGAAGAACAGGCAGAUUUGCAGAUAUUGCAAGGUGUCAUUGACUAUAAUAACAUGACCGUGGAAACUUUAUUUCAAACUCUAUCCCCAGCUUCUACAUGCAGUAACUUGGUGCAGCGAUGCAUGUGGAAGAACGUCGUAUAUCGCUGUGACGAGAUAUUUCAGCAAAUCUUCACUUUGCUCAGCAUUUGCUGCACUUUUAAUUAUUUCGCCGUUAUGGAUCCUAUUACUGAUAACGACGAGCUUUACGUGCAAACGCCUCGGCGUGUGGCUUCGUGUGGCUACCAGACGGCACUGACAGUUCUCCUGUACACCGAUCCUGAAGACUACUACAGUGCUAUGAUAGCAUCGCAAGGCGCUUUGGUGAUUAUCGACAACUCGUACAACAUCCCCGAUUUGGAUUCUCCAGUCCGCAUGGUGAAUCCCUCCACGGAGUUGCUCAUAGCCCUGUCUCCUGAACGCACUUACACUACUGCGGGAAUCCGGUCAUUCAGUCCUGAUCAAAGACAGUGUUAUUAUAGCGACGAGGUACAGAUCGGCAAAUUUCGACAAUAUUCAUUCCAUAACUGUAUGGCAUAUGAGAAGGUGUUAUGGAUAAAGAAAGUGUGUAAUUGCAUGCCUCUGUCUUUUCCCGGAGAAGCUGAAUACCGGACCUGUAAUUUCUAUGAUAUGGAUUGCAUGGCUCGUGUCUAUAAUCACGAUUUUGGCAAUCACACGGACGAGCGGCACAAUUUCAAAUGUUAUCCCGAGUGUGAACAUUAUGACUAUCCACUAGAAGUCGCUCUCGGUAACCUAGCAGACAAUAUUUACGUUAAUGGACUUCCAUUCUUCGAUGACGUCAGCAUUAAAAAUCGAUCGCUAUUGAAUGUUUUCUUCAACGACUUGGUAUCUACCAGAUAUAGACGUGAUGUUUAUUUGAACUGGCAAAAUAUUCUAGCUGCGUUUGGCGGUCUCCUGAGUCUCAUGCUUGGCUUCACUCUAAUAUCCGGCUUCGAUUUAGUCAUGUUUUUCACAGUAAGGGUGCUGUACAAUUCUGUCGUAUCUCGCAAUAAAAUGAAGAACAGAAUAUACGUCAAUGAAUACCCCAAUAAGAAUAAUUGGGUAGACAACACCGUUUCAAAAUCGGUCCAUCAAAAAUCUAUCACUUUGGAAAAUUAUCGCAAUCACUAUUUUGAAAAAAGCACUUAUUAUUAAUUUUAAGUAUUUAUUUAUCACUAAGUACCAAAUGUUUUAAGAA